GCCCCUGCCGCCUUAGGGGCCGGAGACUGUCCCGGAGCCGGCAAGAGUGGGCAGCAUGGAGGAGCCCUCCCAGCCUCCCAACGGCAGCUGGCCCCCAAGUCAGAACAGGAGUAAUGCUGAGGCCGCCCCGGCUGUGAACCUCACCUUCUCCUCCUACUACCAGCACUCCUCCCCUGUGGCAGCCAUGUUCAUCGUGGCCUAUGCACUCAUCUUCCUCCUCUGCAUGGUGGGCAACGCCCUGGUCUGCUUCAUCGUGCUCAAGAACCGGCACAUGCGCACCGUCACCAACAUGUUCAUCCUCAAUCUGGCCGUCAGCGACCUGCUGGUGGGCAUCUUCUGCAUGCCCACCACCCUCGUGGACAACCUCAUCACUGGAUGGCCCUUCGACAACGCCACAUGCAAGAUGAGCGGCUUGGUGCAGGGCAUGUCUGUGUCGGCUUCUGUUUUCACGCUGGUGGCCAUUGCUGUGGAAAGGUUCCGCUGCAUCGUGCACCCCUUCCGCGAGAAGCUGACCCUGCGGAAGGCGCUGGUCACCAUCGCGGUCAUCUGGGCCCUGGCGCUGCUCAUCAUGUGUCCCUCGGCCGUCACGCUGACCGUCACGCGUGAGGAGCACCACUUCAUGGUGGACGCCCGCAACCGCUCCUACCCGCUCUACUCGUGCUGGGAGGCCUGGCCCGAGAAGGGCAUGCGCAAGGUCUACACCACCGUGCUCUUCUCGCACAUCUACCUGGCGCCGCUGGCGCUCAUCGUGGUCAUGUACGCCCGCAUCGCCCGCAAGCUGUGCAAGGCGCCGGGCCCCGCGCAGGACGGCGAGGAGGCGGCGGGGAGCGGCCGGCGCGCGGCGCGGCGCAGGGCCCGGGUGGUGCACAUGCUGGUCAUGGUCGCGCUCUUCUUCACGCUGUCCUGGCUGCCGCUCUGGGCGCUGCUGCUGCUCACCGACUACGGGCAGCUCAGCGCGCCGCAGCUGCACCUGGUCACCGUGUACGCCUUCCCCUUCGCGCACUGGCUGGCCUUCUUCAACAGCAGCGCCAACCCCAUCAUCUACGGCUACUUCAACGAGAACUUCCGCCGCGGCUUCCAGGCCGCCUUCCGCGCCCAGCUCUGCCUGCCGCCCUGGGGGAGCCACAGGCAGGCCUACUCCGAGCGGCCCGGCCGGCUCCUGCGCAGGCGGGUCUUCGUGGAGGUGCAGCCCAGCGACUCCGGCCUGCCCUCUGAAUCGGGCCCCAGCAGCGGGCCCCCCAGGCCCUGCCGCCUCCCGCUGCGACAUGGGCGGGUGGCCCACCAUGGCUUGCCCGCCGAGGGUCCUGGCUGCUCCCAUCUGCCCCUCACCAUGCCGGCCUGGGACAUCUGAGGUGGCCCAGGGAGGGCAGGCCUGAGCGGACAUGCGACACCUGGACGUGAUAGCAGCCUGGUGUGGGAUUAGAAAAGGAUGCAUGGUGCGUCCCUCUCCAAAAUAAGGCAGAGGGCAGCCGCUGGGGAUGCCUUCACCCUCAGAUGGAGGGAGGUGAGGGGGAGGCCUCUAUGUCGUAUCCCUUCUGUGUGGUAGACAAACAUCAUCUCAUUAGAUUCACUGAACGCUUUGGAAAUAGGUUUUCUUAUUCCCCUUCUACAGAUGCAAAAACUGAGGCCUGGGUAGGCGAGGUGAGGAGUCCUAGGUCUUUCAGCUGGAAUCUCAUGCGAGCCUGUGGGACUCUAACUCCUGUAUGGUUUUUGCCGUCUCCAGCGGGCUCCAAAAGGGCCCAUUAAGGUGGAACAUAGUGAACUGUUUAAAUCCUAAUUAGACAGCUGGGAAGAAUUUAAAAAACAAAGCCUGCCUGUUCCUUAAUGCUUUGUGUCAACACAGCAGAGUCUCUUUUGUUCUGUUACUGAAGCGCCUCCCCUGUCCCUUUCCUAGGAGGACGUGGUGUGCCCCUCCUGCCAGCUUUAAUAUGUUGAUUUGUCUCCUUUGUUCUAAAAAAUGUCCGGGGCCAUUCUCUUCCAGGAUGUCACAGCUGAGCAGCUUUGGACAGCGUCCUGGGGAGCCUGCUUCAGUUGCAGGGUCAUCUAGGUCUUGCACUCAGGGUCUGAGCUAGAGAAGGGAGGAGGGGACUCCCUCCCACCUCCACCACCCAGACCCAGCAAGAACUCACCAUGUGACAGGCAGCUGCAAGGCCAUAUGGAGGUGUCUGUUUAUUGACUCAUGGACAAGGAGGAAGGGAAAGCAGAGUACCAGCUUCUCACCUUUGGAAACACAUCUGUUCACUGGACAUGCAAGUAGGAAGCCUUCCCCAAGGCCUCUCCCCUCCUGGCUUCCUGCGAGGGAGAAGAUCGCCAACCAAAGCUGUAGCCAGGGUGCCCUCUGGGGACUCCUGAAAGACACACACUAAACCCCUCCCCAGCAUGGAUGACUUGUGUACCCAAAAGCAGGUGGAGACCAGGUGAUCCCAGAUUUGCUGCAGCUUUCACCUAGCAAACCUGCAUCACCUUGAAGAAAUGAGGCUUCUCUCCAGAGGAUGCGAGAAAAAUGGGAUCGCCUCAUGUGAUGCUUGCACAGCCCCAGUCAUCUGCAGUUAACGGGACAUUUUUCUCCUCACCUCUCUAGAAAAUAUUGUGUUGCUAAACAUUUAGUGAACAAAAAAGAAACAUUUCCAGGGGUCAGGGCUCUGAGGCUCCAAUUGUUUCCUUAAUUGACACACAAUGACAGCCCUGUUUAAAUUCUGAGUAUAGGAGCAGAAGAAAAUUCCUAAGCAGUAGCACAAUACAUUCUCCAAGCAUGUCCCCAGGCACUGUGUCAUUUGAUCCAUACUAAUGAGAUUGAAGGAGAUGUUGUUAUUGCCAUUUCACAAAGUAACUGAGUGACAAGGUCACAGGGCCACCGAGGGGCAGGAUUUCGAUUAGAUUUGUCCUCUGAUCAUUCUUCCCACACUGCAUGCUGCCUUUCAAGGAAGGUGGGCAUGGUGGGGAGGAGAGCUGGAAAUUCCCCCAAAAGUUUUUUGCCUAAUGGUGAAUCAGAAAACUCAUAGACCCAGAAUCCUGGCGCCCAAGCUCUUGAUCUGGGAAAUGAGAGUCUUUUGUGUUUACUCUUGUAAUUUCCGCCCUGAGCUGUUCUGUAUAUAUUGUCUAUACCCGUGUGCUGAACAGGCUGCCACGGUCCAUUAUGACCCUGUCCUCGUUCGGGAGUCUGGGGUGGCCAGACUCAGAGAGGGUUGCCAUCCUGCCCCUCAGUGAUAUUAGCUGGUGCCACGAAUUUCUGGUGCUGUGUCAGUGCCAUGUGCCAUGUAGGCUCGAGAAUUCCCGGCUAUUUACUGUGAAAAAUUUUGACUCCAGGCUCCGAAAAUAGGCUGAAAAAAGGACUAUCUCAAACCCAAAAUGCCUGUCCCUGUGGCUGGGUAGGAGCAGUCUGAAGACACCAUCUGUUCUCUCCUCUGCAGUGUGUUUCUCCUUUAGCAUGGCCUCCCACAGCACAAAAUCACAGGCUUUGGCGGGGGGACAGAGGUAGGGACCAAGCCACUCACCCAAGCCAACCUUUCCGUCAUAUCCCUUUGUUUUAUUUCCCUCCAAAGAUGCCAUGCUUUGAAAGGUGGUAACUGCCCAAAAAACUGCAUAGGUCACAAUUCACAUAUUUUGCUGUUAUUUUUAUUUCUUUUAAACAAUCAAUCAGGCUGUACCUGUCCGUUCAGAGACUUGAUCUGAAUGAUAACAGGCAUGACUUGAUGCUUUAAUGAAGUAGUGAGGUCUCGAGGGUAUGUGGGGAGUGAGUCUGUUUCUUUGUGGAUGUAGUAAAAUAUACACAACAAAAUUGACCAUUUUAACCAUUUUUAAGUGUACAGGUCCAUGGCAUUAAAUACA